AUGGAUUUAACUCGAAUCCCCCCGCAGGCAGCAGGGCAGCAGGAGGGCGACGCGCACGGAUCCCUGGGAUUGCAGGAUGUUGUGAUCGUGGUCCAGAGUCAGAGGAACUCCUUCCACGCCCGCCGCGGCGCUCAGAGGAAGGCGGAGAUUCUGCAGGAGGCGGCGCAGCUCGGGAAGGGGCUUCCUGUUGUUGUUCUUCUUCAUGAGUUGUCUGAGUACGAAGGCGACUGGAGCAUCCUCCCUGCGCUGCCACGCCUCUCUGCCUCACACGGCCGAUCGGCAUCCUGGUUUUUCUUCAUAGAAGAAGAAACCUCAGUCCUGCUGCGUAAUCUGCUGCAGGUGCUCAACCGAUACCAAGUCCAGGAGGAAUGGUUUCUGGGUAAGCGUCUCCAUGACGACGAGGCCUCCAUCAUUCACCACUACGCAUUCUCCGAAGACCCCGGCUCAUUUGGUUACCCUGACCCUGCAGCGGGAUGGGCUCUGAGCGCGCCGCUGCUCCUCAGACUCACUGAGCGGCUUCAUCAUGAAAACCUGAAAUCUGAUUUCACCAUCGACCUGAAACACGAGGUUGCUUUGUUCAUUUGGGAGGAAGGAAACGGCCCCAAGCUGACGGCCGUCUCAGAGUUUUGCACGGAGCCGAACGACAACUGCGCAACCUGGUUUACAACCUACCUGCCCCACUGUGGGGAUCCAGUCUCGAAGAACAAUUUAUUUGUUGCUGUGAAAACUUGCCAAAGAUUUCACUCAGAGCGAGUGACGGUGGUGAAAGAAACGUGGGAGAAAGACGCCGCUCUCUUAGAGUAUUACAGCGACGUCGCCGACGCCUCCGUUCCCGCCAUCGACCUGGGGGUUCCCAACACCGAGCGAGGACAUUGUGGAAAAACGUUCGCCAUCCUGCGGCGUUUCCUGAGCGAAGCCGUACCGAAGGCUGACUGGCUGCUCAUCGUCGAUGACGACACGCUCAUCAGUCUGCCCCGACUGCGGCGAUUGCUGCGCUGCUACGACCCGAAGGAAGCAGUGAGUCUGGGAGACAGGUACGGCUACGGCUUGAUCCAGAGCGGAUACAGCUACACCACAGGAGGAGCGGGGAUGGUGCUCAGCAGAGCGGCUGUGUCCAGGCUCCUCUCCAGCAGCUGCAGCUGCUACAGCGACGACGCUCCUGACGACAUGGUGCUGGGCAGGUGCUUCACCUCCCUCCGGAUCCCCGUCACACACAGUCCCCUGUUUCACCAGGCGCGGCCGGGUGACUACCCUGCAUCACUGCUGUCUCUGCGGCACGCCAUCUCCUUCCACAAGCACUGGAACAUCGAUCCUGUGGCGGUGUACAGACGCUGGCUGCAGGAGAGACCCCCGCACCAUGAACUGUAGCUACAGCUGCUGGUAAAGUCCCAUUC